AUGAGUAAGCUAACUAAAUCUGAGAAGUUGCACAACACUUCGGGAGAUUUACUUCACCAUAGACCACUCCCGGAUGGACACCUUAAAGUAUCGGUUGAUGUUGUAUUAGAUAAGGAAGCGUUGCUACCGAUACCUAACAUUGUUUCAGAGACAACAUUGCUGCGAGAUGCAAUAGGAUCAUUUGUUGCAUGGCCCUUGGAUCUCAUUUUCAUUGAUGAUGAGACGCCUACAAAACCCGCAUCUAAGGAUCAAGGGAUUUUGCGGCACAACGAGUCUGUUGCAUCACAAAAAGAGGUAUUUGCUCAAGGGUCACAACAACUGAGCCAGAAAAUUGGUAGUCGACAGAAAAACAAAAGGGAUCUUCCAAUAUCUCUUGAAACACUUGUUGACUCAUCAGAUAUGGCAACAGCUGGUGCUAUUCGCUUACUGGAUAUGGAGGAAGAUAUCUUUGGUUAUUCAUGCACUGAAACAAUCGGAAAAGAAGAUCUGGAACAUAUUUUUCGGCAUCAAGAAUUAGGCGUCGGUGUUAUACACACAUACAUCCGGUAA